AUGUUCGUCGCCCAAGAAGCGCCCCAGUUCGAGUACCCGAUUCAUGGCCCUGCGCUCUCGGCCAAUGAAAUUCAAGAGCUCUUAUGUCUCCUUCAAUCACCCUCUCCUAGCCAAGACUCCGGUUCAAGGGGAUCAAACCGGGCAGUUUACUCCAUGGAUGAGAGGAAGCGCAGGCGCAUGGCAUCGAACCGAGAGUCAGCACGAAAGUCCCGCUGGAGAAAAAAGAGGCAUUUAGAGGACCUCACCCAACAAUUAAACAGGUUGAAAAUUGGAAACCGGGAGCUCAAGAACCAGUUGGGUUUAAUUUUAAACCAGUCUCGCGUAUUAUGGAGAGAGAAUGACCGCUUGAUGUCCGAAUCUAUGGCUCUCAAGGCCAGACUUUCGGAUUUACGUCACGUUGUAGUGCUUGUUAUGGAGGCAUUUGAAAAAGAAGUGAAAUAUGGAGGGAAAGAAGAGCGAGAACUGGACACAUCGUCAAAAUAG